CUCAGCUCGCGCGACGGUGACGUCAUGGUCAUCGCCGAGGACGGCCGAGGGUUCGUCCAGCGCGUCGACCGCUACCCCCAGAUGGCGGUUCCGUGCGACGACGUCAACCCCGAUACCGAUUGCGAACCCAUCGGCAUCUACAGCGCCCCGCGGUUCGAACGUGGCGCGGAGGACACCGUGACGUUCGACGCGCCCGACCUCGGCCUCCCCGCCGCGAUGUGGAUCUCCCCCGAGGACGGGGGGAUGUGGUACGUGGACGAGGUGGAGCUCCGAUGCAGCGACGGCAGCGAGAUGGCAAUCGCUGCGGAGGAACGACGGAGGGGCGCCAUCGUCUCCUACCCGUGCGACGACUGGGUCGGGGGAACCAACCCCGACGACGCCGCCCUGGAGCUCCGCCCCAACGGCUUCUUCAAGAUGACCCCGGAGCAGCGAACGAAGAUGCGCGAGGACGGUUUGCGGGAGUACGGCGAGCUCAAGUUUAAGAUGUUGACGGCUACUGGCGUCGCCGUGGCGCUCGGCUGCCUCGCGACGGCUUCUCUGUCCGGCGACGGCGCCGAGCACGGCGCGGAUCACCUCGAGCUCAUGCGAUCCUUCGCGUCCGGCGGCGGCGUCGGGCUGGUCUACCUCUACAUGCUCACCAGGUCGGUCGACACCAUCGGCCCGGGAGAUUCCGCGAAGCCCUUCGGCCUCAUGCUCCUGGACGCGAUGACGGGCAUCGCGUCGUCGGGUCCCGUUCGGUUGCUGUUGCUCGCGCUGAUGGGGACGUGGGGCGCGAGGUACGUGGAGGCCUCGACUGGCGUGGGAGGACACCCCCACUACGGCGAUUUCUUCGCCGCCGUCAUCGGGUUCUUUUCGUACAAAGCCGGGGUUCUCGUCGCGGGAUUUUCCGGCGUGGAUUUUACCGCCAUCGACGCCGACGUCGUAGUCGAGCCUGUGCCGGUUCGCAUUGUGGAGCAGCCCAGGCGCGUGCCGGGGACCGCGGUGGACAGGCAGUUCAAGGGACGCCCGGGCGCGAGGUGAGCGUUCGUCGAGGUGGCGGACGAUCCCCGUAACGGUCGCCGAAACGGUCGGUCGGGGGGCUUCGCCGUCUGCGACGACGGGCGGGCUCUCUCGGCGACGAGCCGAGCUGUAUUCUUUCGCAUCGCAAAAAGCUGUUCUUUGUAUUUUCCCCGUGGAGCGCGGGCGCCGUCCCGGUUGUACCCUGAGUGAUGACAUGCCGUUUUGAAGCAAAAGAAGUUGUAUUUCGCGCUUGUAUUGUGCACGUAUAUUGAUAGG